UUCCGGAAUCUGUGCGGUACGUCUGUUCGACUGGCGACGCUGCCUGGGCUUGUGGCUCAAAUUGAAGCGCCGAAGUCGGUCACUCUCGUGCUGGUCUGACUAACACGCCUGGCAGGAGCCCUCGGAUUUGAUCACCCGCCACCUGGGUGUGUGCCCCAGUGGCCACAGCUGCUCUGGGGUCUGUUCUGGAAGAGGCCUGAGAGCGGUGUGGCCUGGGUCGUUGGGAGCCUCAUCCGUACUUCUCGCGUCAUGGUGAAGAAGAAUAGUAUCCCCUAUGGGUGGAGGACUGUGACACCAAUUGGACAUCCUCUACCUGGAACCCGAUUUAUUGCUUUUAAAGUUCCUUUAAAGGGUGCAGUUAAUCAGAGACUUACUCCAACCCAGAAGUUUACACCAAAAGACUUGAUUAGUGCAAUAAAAGCACUAAAUGUGGAGCUUGGAUUAAUUAUCGAUUUAACAUAUACCACAAGAUACUAUGAAGUGAAGGAUUUACCUAAAAGUGUUCAUUAUAAAAAACUUUACACUGUUGGACUUGAAGUCCCUGAUAAUACUACUAUUCUGCAGUUCAAAAAGUGCGUCAGAAAAUUCCUUUGGGAAAAUGCAGAAAAUGAUAAACUCAUUGGAGUUCAUUGUACUAAUGGAAUUAACAGAACAGGAUACCUUAUAUGUAGGUAUCUUAUCGAUGUGGAAGGCUGGGAUCCAGAUACCGCAAUUCAAGCUUUUGGUGAGGCCCGUGGUCAUCAAAUAGAUGGAUGUGUAUACUUAGCGGAUCUCAAAACGCAACCCAUGAGAAGUAAUCUUGGAAUGGAUGUCUGGGAUUCUGAUGAAGAUAUAAAUCCACCAUCUAAUUCUAUGGAAGAAUCCAGGGAUUGGCACCCAACUGAAGACUUUCAUGGGUCUGGGAAAAGGUCAAGUCUUCUUAAUGACCAGCACUCUCGAGAUGAUGGUGUACAGAUAAAGGAUUAUGAUUAUGUCAACGAUGAGCCUUUGCAGAGGCAUGGGGAUUUUUAUAAACGCCAUUAUAGUGACAGCAUGCCAGAAGAGAGACGCCUAAGAGAUUGGGAUUUUGAUGACAAAGGACCAGGACCAAGAUGUUCAUUUUUUGCUGAUCACCAGUGUUAUGACAUCUCCCAAGAGGAACUAGAUUAUAAGUUACCUGGAACAAGACGAAGAGCAUUUCAUGAUCACCUGCCUCACAGUGACUUCCAUGAAUCAGACGCUGGAGAUGAUUUUGAUUUUGUUAGCAAAGUUUGUAGAAAAAGGAGACAUUCUGUUCAGAAUCACCAGGCUUAUGAUAACUUUUGUGAACAAUUUCCAUCUCAGGAUUUUGGUUUUGUUAACAGAAGCCAGGGACAAAAACAACGAUCUUUCCAUAACCGCCAUGAGUACCAGGACCAGUCGCCUAGACGAGGUUUUAAUUACCUCAGUAGAGGUGGUUUUCAAAGGCAAAAAUCUUUCCAUCAUCCUUAUUCUCAUGAUGAAAUGAAUUUGGAAGAUUUUGAAUAUGCUGAUGAAGUAUCAGAGCACACACUGGGACCUUUACAUGACCAUUCCAACAGUGAUUUCUCCGAGAAAAUGCCAUUGAAAAGAUGUGUUAAUAGAGAUUUUGAACAAAGACUACCAUCCUUUCCAAAGUUUCAAAAACAAAUGCAGUUAAGAGAUUUUGAUUUCGACGAUGGAACUGGACCAAAGAAAUAUGGCACUGAUAAUCGCAGAAGCAGAAGUCAGAGACUGGUCCAUCCAGAAGAUAGUCGAAGAAUACAUCCUUCAGAUGAAUUUAACUACAGGAGACGGAGCAGAUUCACAGCAUAUUCUUCACGGGGACUUUCACCUUCAUGUGUAUUCCAUGAAGAUGGUUCAGUUGACUAUUAUAGAGGUAAAAAUUCAAGAGAGAGGGAACAGCACAAAAGGUCAUAUUUUUAAGCUACUGAUUACAAUUACGGCAUGCCUGUAGGUUGCAGAGCUGAAGAGAAAGAGAACAUUAUGAUUUACCGUCAAGAAAAACUGCAAUUGGUGCUGAGUAGUUCACUUUAAAAACUGCCCACCAUUUAUCUACAUUUUGACUCUAAAAUAUAAGUAUCAAGAUUAUCUUGUGUUAUUUUUGAAUCCAGAUUUUUCAGAGAUCUUUCAUCAGGCAUGUUGGCCUGAAUAAACAGGCUUCUCUGCCUUCACAAAAAAGGCAACAAAACGUGAGAAAUAAAGUGAAAUUCAGAGCCGGGAUCUUUAAAAAAGCUUGUUUAAGAAUAAUGUUAAACUCAUAUAUAAUAAAUAAUAGCAAGAAUGUUAUAGCAUCUAUAACUGUUUAAACAAAAAAUCCCCCCUCAAGAGAAGGACAAAGGAUUGUUGUCUGUGUCCUUGUAGCUUUGAAUGUAUCUUUAGACCUGUGCUGUCCAAUAUGGUAGCUACUAGUCACAUGUGACUAUUGAGCACUUGAAAUGUAGCUAGUCCUGAUAAAGAUGUGCUGUAACAUCUCAUUAAUGAUUUUUAUAUUAACUACAUGUUGAAAUGUUAAUUUUUUUAGAUAUAGUCACUUUAUGAAACUCCUUAGUUACUCAGUUUGAUUGUACCAUAUUUUUUUUACAGAGGUCUUGACUGAUACAAAAUUAAAAUGAAGUAUACUUUUUAAAAACUUUUACUUAUA